UUUCUUUGGAUUGUUUGAUUCAAAAUUUUAAAGUUUUAUUAAUUACACCGUUUAUUACAUUUAUUAUUAAAUAUUUUCGAUGAUAUUUUCUGUUUUAUCAAAAUGAACAUGUAAUAAAAUCUUUCUAUAUGAAUACAUUUUUAUUCUGAAUAGUCAACGUUUAUAUCUGGUGUCAUGAGCCCUAACAACCUUUGCAAUAUGUUCUGUCAUUUACAUGCGCAGAACGAGAAAAAAGUAAGGAUGUUAUAUGUUUUGCGUUAUGAUAAACAAUCAUAGGAAACAUCGAAAAAGGAAGUAGACUAAUAAAUAUUCCAAAGAACAAAAAAAAAAGAAAAACAAUAUUAGACAAUGACAUUACUGUUUUAUGUGACAUCGAAUAAUCUGAUUAAUUAAUUAUUAGAAAGAGAAAAAAGUUCAUCUUAUGUAAUCGCAAUUACAUAAUUAUAGAAUCUGAAAAAAAAAGAAACUUUUUAACAGUUUUGAUAUAGUACUUGCAUUAUAGAAAUUUAACAAUAAUUAAAAAAAAAAAUUUCUAAUUUUUUUAGGUGAACUUCAACCAAUAAAUUAUUUCUUUCAAACAAUACCAACAACACUUGAUGCUAAUGGUGAUUCAUAUGUUGAAUUAUUAGGUAUGAUAAGUAAUGAUCAAAUUAAUUAUAAACCAGCUUGUUUAACAUUUAAAAAUCGUACUGUAUAUAAUUUUGAAAUAUUAAUUAAUGUUGAUAAUCUUUUUCCAAGUUCAACACAAGCUACAGUUGAUCUUAAUAAUGAUCUUGUUGCAGAUUUAUUUUUAACAAUUAAACAUAAAAAUACACCAAAAUUUCGUGUUUAUGAAUUACCUAUAACAAAAAUGACAUUAAUUACAGAAUAUGAUCCACCACCCAAUAUUGCUAUUUAUCAUUUAUCAACAUUUGCUGAUAUAGAUGCUGAUGGUGAAUUAGAACAUAUUCUACCAGUUUGUAUGAAUAUCGAUUGUUCAGAUAGUCGAAUUUAUGUACGAGAUAAUAAUGAAUGGUAUCAAUUACCAAUUCAAUUCGGAAAUGAUUUAAGAUUUCCUUCGAAAAAUGAAUUUCCAUCACCAUUUGAUCAAAUACCUAUUAGUAUUAAAAUAGCUGAUUAUAAUCUUGAUGGUUAUCCAGAUAUGGUAGCUGUUAUGAAAGAAAGUUCAAAUGAUAGUACUGUUUCAAUUAUUCUUCAAAAUCGUGCAUGUAGUACUGAUAAUAAUUUACAUUGUACUUAUAAUCGAACAUUUAUACCUCAAGCUGAUGAAACAUCUGUUUUAGCAGCAAGAAAUACAACAGUUGCUGUAUUUUUUGAUGUUUUAGAAGAUGGUUAUCCAGAUUUACUUGUCUUAUUAGGAAAUUCAAAACAAAAUUUUAAAUUAAUUGGUUUUCAAAAUUCUCUUGUACAAGAUGUACAUUUUAUUAAAGUGAUGGUUCUUAGUACUUUUUCAUGUGAUACAUGUUCUCAUCAAAAUAAAUUGCCUUAUGGUAAUGAUCAACCAGGUCAAUCAAUUAAAAUGGAAACAAUUACUAUUUUAGAUGGAAUUAAAGAUUAUUGGAUUCAAUUAUCAGCUGUUCAAAUGUCUCAAUCAGGUCAAUUAACACUUGAAUUACCUUAUGUAAUAAUUGGUCUUGGUGCAACACCAAAUUUCGUUGAAAAACUUACUGUUGCCAUCCCACCAAAUACUCAAUCAAAUCAAUUAGUUCGAACAUAUACUCAAAUGAUUCCGAAUUCACAAAUAGUUGUUGUACCAUCACCAUUAAUGAAUCCAGAAAAAUGGCAUAGUAAACUUUUUUUAACACCUAGUCGAAUGAUUCUACAUACGGGUAUUGCAUUAAGUGUAACACUUGUUGUAUUAUCAGGUGUACUUGCUAUAUUACAAUAUCGAGAAAAAAUUGAAGAUGAUCGAGAACGAAAAGUGCAAUCACAACGAUUUCAUUAUGAUGCUCUAUGA